AUGUCUUGUAGUAAAUACAUGCCAGCAGCUCCAGUGUGUCUCAUUGAAAACGAUGAUAAUGGGAAGCUGCGCGUGAAGAAAGAGGCCAAAGACAUUCUGGAUGGGAUCAAUGAGCCGGUGGUGGUGGUGUCUGUGGUGGGACUCUACCGUACGGGGAAGUCUUACCUUAUGAACCGCCUGGCAGGACAACAGUCAGGCUUUGCUCUCGGCAGCACUAUUGAAUCAAAGACCAAAGGCAUCUGGAUGUGGUGUGUCCCUCACCCUAAUAAAAAAGGACACACUCUGGUGCUGCUGGACACAGAGGGACUUGGUGACGUGGCGAAAGGAGACUCUAAGAAUGACAGCUGGAUCUUCUGUCUGGCUGUUCUGCUCAGCAGCACAUUGGUGUACAACAGCCGCGGCACCAUCGAUAACACUGCAUUGGAAAAGCUGCAUUAUGUUGCUGAGCUCGUUGAGAAUAUCAAGAUCAGGUCAGCAGAAGCAGCAGAUGAGGAGGAUUCUGAGUUUGUGAGGUUUUUCCCAUCAUUCACCUGGGUUGUGAGAGAUUUCACCUUGGAUUUGGAAAUUGAUGGGAAAAAAGUGACAGAUGACGAUUACCUUGAAUUUGCCCUCCAGCUCAAGAAAGGUGUGAGCAGGAAAAUUAAUGACUACAAUCUGCCUCGUGAAUGUAUCAAGCGUUAUUUCCCUAGCCGGAAGUGUUUUGUGUUCCCGUUUCCCGUUACCUCCCAGGAAGACAUGACACGCCUGGAGAUCUUACAAGACCAGGACCUUGCACAACAAUUUCUGGAGGUCACGGGGCAUUUCUGUGACAAUAUGUUUGUUAACAGUGCCGUGAAAAGACUGAAAGGAGGACACAUAGUUACUGGCCAAUUGCUCGGACGUCUGGUUGAGAUUUAUGUUGACACAAUCAACAGUGGUGAAGUGCCCUGUUUGGACAAUGCAGUGGUUGUUCUGGCAAAUCUAGAAAACCAGGCAGCUGUUCAAGAAGCUUUGAAAGUAUAUCGGAGAGGAAUGGAAGAGGUAAAGAAUACGUUACCAAUCAGUAUAGAAUAUUUGACCUGUGAGCACCAGAAAUUCAGCCGUCUGGCCAUUUCUGAGUUCACAAAACGCUCAUUCAAAGAUGAAAAAAUGGAAUACCUGAAAAAACUGGAGGAAGCUGUAUAUAUGUGCUAUGUAGACUUGCUGGAAGAGAAUCAGAUGGCAUCAGAGAGAAAGUGCAGAGAUCUGCUGAAGAAUCUGUUCUCUGACAUGAAUAAACGGCUGCAGGAUGGAGAGUACAGUCAAUCUGGAGGAUAUGAACUCUACUGCAGAGACAGAGAUGCCAUUGUUAAACAGUACCGCAGAGAACCCAACAAAGGUGUAAGGGCUGAGGCUGUGCUGGAAGAGUUUCUGAAAGAACGGAAACCUGAAGCAAACAGCAUCCUCUGCAUGGAUAAUAAACUCACUGAAAAUGAGAAACAAAUGAAAAAAGAGAAGGAGAAAGCGGCUCUGCUGGAACAGAAGUUUAAAGAGGAAGAGGAGAAACGAAUUGAGAUGGAACGAAUGAAGGAGACUGAGAAAGUGCGGCAUGAGGACAUGGUAAAACAGAUGCAGGAGAAGUUCAACAAGGAGCUGGAGCAGCAGCAGCAGGAGAUGAACAGAGCCACUGAGAGCAAACUGAAGGAGUGGGAGGAAAUGCUAAAGAGAGGCUUUAAGGAGAAAGCUGAAAACCUUGAGGGAGAAAUAAAGAAGUUAAAUAAUGAAAAGGAAUGCUCAAGUGGUGGUGCCAUUUUUAAGGACUAUGUGAUGCCAUUACUUAGCCCUCUUGUAGAAAUGGUUCCCAACCUCCUCAUGCAGAGAUCAAUGUUGAAAAGCCUGAAAAUGGGAUUGAAACAUUAAAACCCAAAACUAGGGCUGUGAAUCUUUGGGUAGAC